GUAGUAAAACGAAGAAAGAUCAGAACCGUCGUACAUAUAAACCGUUUGCUUCCCUUCUCUAUUCUAUUUGCUGUAGCUGUAGAACAGGCCGAGAGAAUCCCGCUGCACACCUCUCUCUCUCUCCACCGGACAAUGGAGUUCACCGGCAAUGUCGGCGAGAACGGCUACGCCGCUGAACCCCGAUCGGCUGUGAUAUUCCUGGGCACCGGUUGUUCGAGCGCUUUACCCAACGCCAGGUGCCUCAUCCAGCCAUCAGAUCCUCCCUGUCAAGUUUGCUUCUCCUCCUUGUCCCUCCCACCCGAUCGAAACCCCAACUACAGGUGCAAUACAUCUCUUCUCAUUGAUUAUUGCCGAAGAGACGGUGAACACCGUUACGUAUUGGUAGAUGUUGGAAAGACAUUCCGGGAACAAGUGCUUCGGUGGUUUACUUUCCAUAAGAUACCUCGGAUCGAUUCGAUUGUUUUGACCCAUGAACAUGCAGAUGCAGUUCUUGGUCUUGAUGAUAUUCGUGCUGUGCAACCACAUAGCCCUACAAAUGACAUUGCUCCCACUCCUAUCUACCUCACUCGGGAGGCAAUGGAUAGCGUUGACAUGAAGUUCCCUUACCUGGUUCAGAAAAAGCUGAAGGAAGGUCAGGAAGUGAGACGGGUGUCACAGCUUGAGUGGAAGAUAAUCGAGAAUGAUUGUAAGAAGCCAUUUGUUGCAUCAGGACUAGAACUUGUUCCUUUGCCUGUGAUGCAUGGUGAAGAUUAUAUUUCUUUGGGUUUUCUUUUUGGUGAAAAUUGCAAAGUAGCAUAUAUAUCUGAUGUUUCUCGAAUUCUUCCAACCACCGAGCACCAUAUUUCAGAAAGCAGUGGUCAACAGCUGGAUCUCCUGAUCUUGGAUACACUGUACAAGAAGGGGUUACAUAACACUCAUUUUUGCUUCCCCCAGACUCUUGAUGCUGUGAAGAGGUUACGCCCAAAGCGAGCAUUGUUAAUUGGGAUGACCCAUGAGUUUGAUCAUCACAAGGACAAUGAAUUUCUUAGGGAAUGGUCUACAAGAGAGGGGAUCCCUGUUCAGCUUGCACAUGAUGGAUUGAGAAUCCCGGUAGACCUUUAAUGAGGUACAAUGAUCCCAUUUGCUGCAAGUGAUUUGCCGAGAAAUGAUGAGAGAAAGAAAGAACUUAUGUUUGCAUUGCAAAAUGGUUGUGAGACUGGAAGAACAAUUGCGAGAACUGGAGAAAGAUUACUCUCUGAAACAGCAAUAUAGAGAAAGAUCUCUUAUUUAAGUAGUUUCUUUCUCACAAAAAAAUGACGAGAUUUUGUGUCAAAAUGGAUUCCUUGUGUACGUUUAAAAGUGCUGCGAUUGCCCAUCAAAAAUUCAAAUGAAGAUAGAAAGAUGACCUGUUAUAUUGGUUGCUUUUUUGUUUUAUGGCAAAAUGAAAAUAACUGGAACAAUGACAACGGUAGUGAUUGUUUUGUAACAUCUUCGUUCUUGUCUCUGCAGGUAACAUACAGCCAUGAAUGGGGUUAGAGUUCACUGUUUCUUCUCCCAACUGAUUUGAAGAAAUAAGAACAGGAUAUUGUUGUUGUCUAAUAAAAAACAAGAGGCCGAGAUUUUCGUAUCUCUAGAUUGCUUGGUAUUAUCUUUGUACUUGUGAUAAUACUACCAUUUAUUAUUGUAAGUUAACAUUUUACUAAUUGUUUCAUUCUGACGUAUAUAUAGUCAAAUUCACAUAUAAUCCUA